AUGACAACAAAUACUAGUGGAAUGCAAUUAAAUAGUAUGAAUAUCGGUUUGUAUGUUAGUAUGAUCAUGUAUACUUUAUCAAUAAUCAUCGCUACUACUGCUUGUUUACUCAUUAUAAUUCUCAUUAUUAUUACACGAAAUUUACAUUCUUCAACAAAUUUACUCGUCUUAAGUACAUGUGUAUCGACUCUGUUUUAUUUAAUUAUUUCAACAAUAAAUGCUUUUAUUUUCUAUACUGCAUCUUCAUCAACUGAUUGGCCAUGUCGAAUACGUGGUUAUCUAUAUUACUUUUCUCUUAUUAUAGUUAUAUAUUCUUAUAUUAUUCAAGCUAUAUCUCGUUUAUUUUGGACAGUAUUAUAUAAAUAUCGAUGUUUAUUAUCUAUAAAAUAUCAUCUAUAUCUUAUUAUAUUUAAUAUUUCGAUUUCAUUUCUCUUACCAUUACCCAGUCUAAUUACUAAAGAUAUAGUAUAUGUUCCAUUUAAAAUGUGUUUAGUUUCAAUGAAAUAUAAAAUUCAUACAUUUUAUCUCUUAACUAUUGUUAUUAUCAUUCCAAUUGUAAUGUUUACUAUAUUAUAUGGUAUUAUUUAUUAUCAUACUAUUCAUUCAACAGCAAACUUUCGACAAUUAUUACAUGGAGCAAAACGUGAUGCUAGAUUAGCACGUAAUAUUCUUAUUUUACUUAGUAUUUUUCUAUUUGGUGGUAUUCCAUCAGUAAUUUAUAGUAUAGUAUCAAAUCAAGUCGAAUCAACACCAAGUGUAUUAUUUUUAAUGACUAUAACAGCACCAUCAAUUGCAAUAGCUAUUGUAAUAAUCAUGACUAUUGUACUCACUAGAGAUAUUCAACAAGUAUUAAAAGUGCGAUGGAUAGAAUGGUUUUCUUGUUGUAAAUCAUCUACGACUCGUGUUCAACCAAUAACAAAUACAAAUAAUAGAAUAAUUAAUCCUACAAAUAUACAAAAAAGUCAACAAAAUAAAACAAAUCCACUAAAUACUCAUAGAUAA